CAACACAAAGGCAUUAUUCAAAUUACAUACAUAUGCUGACGUGGAAGUAAAGUUAUAAGAAUCCAAUCUCUCUUAUUUUUUUUUUUGUUUACGUAUUAAAAAAUUUGUACAUAGGAAUUUUAGCUUGUAUUCCUAAUAUUUCGAUAUUACUAGAUAUUACUAUAUUAUUUUAUUCAUACGAAACUACUUACCAUUCUCUUAUUGACUAGUCUUUUGUUAAUAGAUAUACAUGAUAUGCGUGGUUUUUUAUCGCAAAUACAUUUUACAUUUUAUAUUUAGAUGUUUAGACUGUUCGUCACUAGACAAUCGUCUUUGUACUUUGACCUUUAAACGCGUUUUAGCUGACGUAUUUACAUAUCUUUUAAUGACAUAAUUUUCUAUUAUUACUUAAAUACUCAUUUAAAAAUUAAGACAAGAAGAAAUAGAAAAAUCAAAAUGUUUCUUAGAAAGAUCUUCAACAAUGGUACUUUAUAUUCAAGAAUAUAUAGAAAAUUUUCUAUUAAAGCUAACCCUCAAAUACCGGAAAACAUUAAUGGGUAUAACUUUGCACUAAAUGACAUGCAAAGAGAAACGCAAGAAAUGUUGCGUAAAUUUGUUAGAGAGGAGAUCAUUCCUGUUGCUCCUAAAUAUGAUAAAACUGGAGAAUUUCCAUGGGAUAUUAUUAAGAAGGUUUGGAACUUGGGAUUUUUGACCAAUUAUAUUCCACAACAUUGCGGUGGUAUGGAACAAAAGAUUUUUGAUGGAUGCUUAGCAACGGAGGAAUUUGCUUAUGGUUGCUCAGGGAUAGCAACUGCAAUAGAAACUAGCAGUCUUGGACAAACGCCAGUGAUUGAAGCAGGAAAUGAACAACAACAGAAAAAGUAUCUUGGAAGACUCGUAGAAGAACCUAUUGUAGCUGCUUAUUGCGUUACUGAGCCUGGUGCUGGAUCCGAUGUAGCAGGUUUAAAAACUAGAGCUGUGAAAAAAGGAAAGGAAUGGAUUCUUAAUGGCACAAAAAUGUGGAUCACAAAUGGUGGUGUUGCAAAUUGGUAUUUUGUAUUGGCCAGAACAGAUCCUGAUCCAAAAGCUCCAGCCAGUAAAGCUUUUACAGGAUUCAUAGUUGAGCGUGAUUUUGAAGGCGUAACUCCAGGCCGUAAAGAAAUAAAUAUGGGACAACGAGCUUCCGAUACUAGGAUGAUUACGUUCGAAGAUGUUCGCAUACCCGAGGAAAAUGUAUUGUUAGGAGAAGGAGCUGGUUUUAAAGUUGCCAUGAAAACCUUCGAUAAAACUCGACCACCGGUAGCAUCUAUGGCUGUUGGAUUAGCACAGAGAGCUAUGGAUGAAGCUACCAAGUAUGCGAUGGAGCGAAAAACCUUCAACAAACCAAUAGCGGAACAUCAAGCUGUAGCAUUUAUGAUCGCUGAUAUGAUUAUUGGAGUUGAAACGGCUCGUCUCGCUUGGAUGAAAGCAGCUUGGGCACUAGACGUUUGUUAUCCAAAUGCUAGCAUUUAUUCCAGUAUUGCCAAGUGUUAUGCCGCUGACGUAGCUAACAAAUGCGCUACCGAUGCCGUCCAGAUCUUUGGUGGUGCAGGAUUUAACACAGAAUAUCCUGUGGAAAAAUUAAUGAGAGAUGCGAAGAUCUUCCAAAUUUAUGAAGGCACAUCGCAGAUUCAAAGAUUAAUCAUAUCUAGAAAUCACUUUGGUGAAGCUGCGAAAAAGUCACAAUAAAAAGAUAUAUUUAUAUGUUGUCGAUAAGAUUCGAAAAACUAUAUAUAUAUAUAUAUUGUCUUUAUAUCUCUUUCUAUAAGCUUUUAUUAUAUAAUGUUAUAUGUAUACAUACAACAGGUAUGCGAGCACACAUAGACUAACAAACAUAGGGAGUAAAAUGUUUGUAAACGUUAUUAUUUUAUAUAUUUAUGGAAUGAAUUAUUUUUGUAAGAAAAAAUAUUUAUAUGAAAAAUAAAUAAAUAUUUUUGAAGGUCAA